CUCCCCACAGAGCUUUCUAGAAACCUUUCCCCCCUCCUUUAACCCUUUCAUAAGGGUCAUAGAGGCUUCUCUUCUUUAAACUCCAUCUGCUUAGUCUCAGUGUAAGAGAUCACCAACCUUUCCCAUUUGAAAAUCUUAUCAUUCACCCGACUACAACAACCUCUUUGUCCCCCCUCCCUACGCUUCACUUCCAAGCCUCCCACGUGCACAUUUACCCAUAGCUUUUCCUUCCCUCCCCUCCCUGGCAUUGUUGGUUGACCUUUGCUGAGAAAUAAAGGAAGGGAACGGAAAUUGCUAGGCUGCAAUGGAUAUCAACUCGCUUCUAUCACCGUCUGACGACUACUCGUCUCCGGCGAACCCCUCCGCUUCCCCACGUCCAUCGUCCCGACCAGCCUUCAUUGAUACAGACUCCAAUUCCCCGAUUCACUCAGGCCACACAUCCAAUACUACGCCAACCUCAAACCCCCGACAGUCGCCGUGCAAGGCUAACGAGGCCUCCACCUCGAAAGCAUUCUCCGCGUCAGGGAUGGGUGGGCCAUCAGAGGAAGUUCGGGACGAAGCCAUGACUGGCGGGGACGAUGAUGAUGCUGCUGCUGCUGUCGCUGUUGGCGAUGGCAUUGGCGUGGUGUAUGAAGCCGUUAUGGAAGAUGCAUCUGAUGGUGACGAAAACGAGGUUGUAGUAUCGGUGCCUUUGUCGGAGGAGGAUUACACGCGCAUCGCCGACCUUUUGGUUUCCAUCACCAACCGGCCGUAUCAGUAUGAAUCCCAUGUGGAGUAUAUUUCCCUCCUGCGUCGCGGCUUCCUCGCACACCGGGCCGACCCGAGAGAGUUGGGGCCGUACCCCCUCAUCAAGGACCUGCGGAAGGCUCGUGAAGACAUGAUCGAGAGGUUUCCACUGAACGAGACUAUGUGGGCUGAGUGGAUUGCCGAUGAGAUAUCUAUUUGUGGUGGUCUCGAGGAGCGUCUUGGUGUCAUGGAGCUUUGUGCUAAGGCUGUCGAGGAGGAGUCCGCAAGUGUCAAGCUGUGGAAGACUUAUGCUGAAUAUAUCGAAUCCCAGUAUUCUCUGGGGAGGGGUGGGGACGCGGCCGGGAAAGGUAAGGCUAAGAAGCUUCUCAGUGAGGAAGAGGAGGUUACUUUGAAAGGGUGUUUUACGUUGGAAUUGGUUGUUGAGACUUAUCGGCUGGGUUCUCUUGCUACCAAGGAUAAUGUUGCUGAGAGCCAUGCGCUUUGGAAUAAGUAUCGCGACUUGAUGGUGAUGGACUUGGAAGCUAACCCAACUCCCCCCAAGGUCGAAUUUAUUCGAAACCUCUAUAUCGCUCGUCUCCAAAUCCCACACACCACCAUCAGUGAUACCUUCUCUGAAUUUAGCACCUUCAUUACUAGAUAUGACAACGCAAAUUACGAAUCUAUCAUGGUUAGCACUAACAAGCUUUAUGCUGUAGCUUUGGCAAAGUACAAUGAGCGUUCCAGAUAUGAGGACCGCCUCCCCAAGCACGGGCAGGUCUCCUUAGCGGAAGAAUGGAAUGCUUGGGCAGAAUACCUAGAAUGGGAAACCUCCCGGCCGAAGAAGAAACUCGACGUAGACAUGGCAUGCGCGCUCUAUGAGCGGUGCUUACUGUGCUUCGGCGAGCAGGCCAGAGUUUGGGAAGAAUAUGUCUUUUUUGCUCUUGAGAAGUCACUGGGCCCUCGUGUUAAGGCACUUUUGAAGCGUGCCACGAGACAUUGUCCAUGGUCCGGGACGCUAUGGGCCCAGUACAUAAUUGCUUUGGAGAGGGCGUAUAGGCCAUUUGAAGAGGUUUCUGAAAUCAAACACAGGGCUACCACUACUGGGAUGUUGGACUUGGGCGGUUUAGAGGAGGUUUUGAAAGUUAACAUUGCCUGGUGUGGGUUCUUGAAGAGAAGAGCUUUUGAACAUGACGCUGGGGAGGAUGAUUUCGAUAUGGCAGAGAUGGGGAUAUCUGAAGCUGUUACUGAAACUGGCAAAAAGGAUCCCGAGUAUCGUCUUCAAAGGAUUCAUAUCAACUUCUGUACUCUUGCUAAGAAGAUUGACGCCGCAAGGGAGAUCUGGAAGGAGCUUGCCAAGACUCAUGGCAAUUCUUAUGAAUACUGGUUACGUUACUAUCACUGGGAGCUUUCACAUGGGCCAGGGGAUAAAGAUUAUGCAGGCUCGGCUUUAAAAGCAGCUCUGGGGAGAAAUACCUUAGAUUGGCCUGAGAAGAUUCUGGAGACAUGGAAAAACCAUGUUGAAGACUUUGGAAACGUCGAGGACGUCGAGUACGUGACUGUCCGGUAUCGGAAGCUUUCCAAAGAGAUUUUGGAGAGGCGAGCGCAGGAGGCACAAGUAGCUGCUCUACAGCAGCAAACAGUGAAGGAUCAGCAACCAGAGGCAGAUACACCGCAGACUGAUGAAUCAGCUAGGGCCAGUUCCAAGAGGCGUCGAAGUGUUACUGAGGCUGAUGAUUCUCAGCCCAAAAAGAAAUCCAAAGCUGCUGAGACACUGGCCCCGGAGCAGCCAGCUGCCCACUCGCCUUCUCCAAAGUCUUCCGUAGCGAAGCGUGAUCGCGAGAAUACCACCGUGAUCGUGAAGAACCUGCCGCCGAAUUAUCCGGAGGUGCGGGUUAGACAGUUUUUCAGAGAUUGCGGUACGAUCAAUAGUUUAAAGCUUAUUGUGGAGAAGGAUGGAAAGACUUCAACUGCAACUGUUGAGUUUGAGAGCAGGGAAGAUGUCCUCACAGCUCAGACUAAAAACUUGAAGAUUGUUGAUGGGCACUCUAUCGAGGUUCAGGUUGGGACUGGGUCAACUCUUUACGUUACAAAUUUCCCGCCGACCGCCGAUGAGACGUGUAUCAGGGAUCUGUUCAAAGAUUGUGGCGAGAUCGUCGACAUCCGCUUUCCAAGUCUGAAGUACAACUCGCAUCGGCGGUUUUGCUAUGUCCAGUUUGCGUCAUCUGAUGAAGCUCAGAAGGCGACCUCCCUGCAUGGUAAACAACUUGGAGGCAAGGAAACUCUUGUGGCUAAGAUCUCGGCGCCUGACCAGAAGCACGAGCGGUCUGGUGCAGUAUAUGAGGGCCGAGAAGUGUAUAUCCGGAAUAUAGAUUUUCAGGCACACGAUAAUGACGUCCAGGAAUUAUUCCAGAAAUAUGGGAGAAUAGAGAAGGUCCGUCUGCCGCCCGGGCCGAAGAAGGGUACUCACAAAGGCUAUGGGUUUGUGACUUUUUCCGCAAAGGAGGAAGCCCUCGCAGCAGUAGAAGGCGCGAACAAUACCCAGCUCAAAUACCGAACGCUCAUAAUCAGCAUUGCAGACCCAAACCCCAGCAAGCAAAAAACCACCAAUGCCAACCCCUCCACAGAGAAAAUGAGAGAUUCAGCUUCUGACCGAAAUACGGACCGCCCCCGCCAAAAAUCGGCAUACCCUGCUGCUUCACAACAGCCGCCGGCCCCUGCCUUCUCUGACAUCAAGCAAAAAACGCUCGGAAUAAUGAACCUCUCCGACACCGUAAACGACACCAAAAUUCGCCACAUGUUUGAAAAGUAUGGUCCGCUGCGCAAGGUCGCCCUGAGACCCGACCACCAAGGCGCAAUCGUAGAAUACGAGUCCGUCACCGACGCCGGAAAAGCUACCCUAGCACUCGACGGACUCGAGCUCGCCGGCCGCAAAAUCAAGAUUGGGGGAUUAGCGGACUUGAUGCGGCAGUCCCCUGAGAGGAAAGUUUCCAAAGGAUUUGCUACCAACAACGGGGGUGGAAAGGUCGGAGUGGUUGCGUUUAAGCCCAGUCAGGUGGGCGCGGGAGGGAUGAAGGGGCAGAAGCGAAGAGCUGGCUUGGGCUUUUCAGGUGUGGUCAAAAAGAAGGACGCUGAUGGGAAGAAGAAUGAAGAUAUAGUGAUGGCGGAUGGACCGCCGGCCAGGGAGGCGCCAAAGACAAAGUCGAAUGCUGAUUUUAAGGCCAUGUUUUUGCGGAAGUAGUGGGCAUGGAUGCAUGGAUGGAUUGUAGAUUAAUCAUCUCAUUGGGAUGCUGGCGUGUUACAUGGCGUGAUGAUAUACCGGGGAGUGGGAGUGGAAUUGGGGCAACUGAUAAAUGACCUGUGCUUCUUUUUAUUGUGAUUAAAUUUUUAUGUGGGUGGAUGGGAAUUUGUGUGGUAAUCAUGGGUAAUCACUCGGCAUGCGAUUUCGAAAAGGGGGUAAAUAGUAGCGUUCUAAUU